GGCCGUGGCGCGUGCGCGGUGCGGAGUGGGAGCGGGAGCGAUGGGGCUGGGACAGAACAGCGCCGUGAGGGCUGAAUGGAUUGCUGCAGUCUCCUUAGCUGCUGGAGCAGCUGCUGUUGGAUAUCUAGCUUACAAAAAAUUUCUCUCUAAGGACAAAUGCUGUAAAGCAAUGGUGAAUCCCCAUAUCCAGAAGGAUAACCCCAAAGUAGUCCAUGCCUUUGAUAUGGAAGAUCUGGGAGACAAGGCUGUGUACUGUCGUUGUUGGAGAUCUAAGAAGUUCCCACUGUGUGACGGCUCUCACACAAAGCACAACGAGGAAACUGGUGACAAUGUUGGGCCUCUGAUCAUCAAGAGGAAGGAGGCGUAGAGUGGAUAGUAGAAGUUACAGAAUCAAUGUCUGACAAAUCCUCUGUUCUCUUGUAAUUGGGGGAAAAAACUCACAAAUUCUUUGUCAUAUGCCUGAAGACUUCCCAAUGUAGUAUAUACAUCAGGCUUCAGCAUGUAUUUUCUCUGGUGCUUGUUGUCUUUCAAUCACUACAAUGCAUAAUUUACUAAGUAGUCAUGGUUUGAAUUUUUUGUCCUGUAAAGCAUGUAUACCCUCUCACUGAAUGUGAAACUAAAAUGAGGCAUAGAAUGUAUUUCCUCAAGAAAUAGGUAUUAAAUUAUUUCAAGUUAGAUACUAAAAUCCUGGAGAGUUCUAAAGUCA